AUGUGCGAAACAUGCUCAUCUGGCUGUGGAUGUUUUCCACACCAUGUUCGUGCCGUUGAGGGAGCUGAUAUCUGCAUUCACGAACGUAAAUGUCCACAGCAGGAUAUGAGAAUGAAAUCUCUGGAAACAACCACCCCUGGACGAAUGCCAGCUCCGCCAAUCUUUCCUAGGCCUGCAAAGCAUCUGGAAACAACUACCCCUGGACGAAUGCCAGCUCCGCCAAUCUUUUCUAGGCGUGCAAAGCAAUCCAGGACUCAUAGCGCAUCUCUCGAAGUUAAGCCGGAAAUUAGAGGAAAAGAAAAUAUUGCAGUUACACUAGUACGUUCGAAAACACUACGAACAGUAGCGAGAGCGAGUAAAACAGUGAAGAGGACUAUGCCGAUUGUUCAAGGUCCAAAGAAAGUGCAGUUACCAAAGCAGAGCUUCGUCAAAUCCAAGCCUACCUCAGCCUCAGCGGAAAAGAGCAAAGAAACGAUCAAAACUUUGAUGAUUCCUGCCCAUAUGGGAGAACAUGGUCCCACGCCGCCACCACGACAUUUGCACGACGCCGCUGUGUCCAAAAAAGGAUCACUUUCUACCAAGAGAGGACCACCCUCAACUAGACCAUUACACUAUGGUCCACCGUCCAUUUCUCCCUCAGAUUUCUUCCGUUUGAGACGACAAAGGAGAAAGGGGAGGAAGGUGCGGCGUUUGAGAGUGCGACAUAUGGUGAAACAAUGA